AUGGGUAAUUUCGGAAAUGUCAUCCGUACCAACGUCCAAACCAACAACAACGAAAACAUCGGCCAGUUUACCUCUUGUUCCAUUAAGGAAACGAUACAGCUUUAUGCUAGAAUGAACUGUGCACGCCGGAAGCUCCAGAUGCUGGACGAAGACCAGAAUACCAACGAAAAGAUAAGAAUCAAAGUAACUUUUCUACCAGAGUUCAUUAAUGAAGCUCGUAAUCACCAUAACAGGACGUUUUUCUCAACAAGACCACCACAGGGACUAGAUAUUGAUCAUUAA